GAGGAAAGGAAUCUAGUAAAGUAAAAGAGUUCACAUGUAUGUUGUAGGGAUUAACCACAGCCAGGAGAGAGGAAAGGAAGCUAGGAAAGGAAAGGGAGCGCUGAAAGGAAGCUAUGAAAGGAAAGAUGGAAAGGAAUCUAGGAAAGAAAAGGUAGUGUUCACAUGUAUGUGGUAGGGUUUAACCACGUUCAGUAUAUGGUUAUAGUAUUGGUUUUAGUGACAAGGCUAGAUUUAGUCACAGGCUGCUGCGGGGUGCAUCUCGGAUACGCCGCGUGGUUUGAGCAUGACAAAGACCGCUCUCUCCUAACCGAAUAAUGGCUAGCCAGUCCCAAGGUAUCCAGCAGCUACUGCAAGCUGAAAAACGAGCUGCAGAAAAGGUAGCAGAAGCCCGUAAACGUAAGAACCGUCGGCUGAAGCAGGCCAAGGAGGAAGCCCAGGCAGAGAUUGAGCAGUACCGUAUGCAGAGGGAGAAGGAGUUUAAGACCAAGGAGGCUGCGGCUCUUGGAUCUCAUGGUAACUCUGCUGUGGAGGUGGACAAAGAGACGGUGGGCAAGAUGGGCAGCAUCCAGACUAGCUACCAACGGAACCGCGAAGGGGUGCUGGGCAAUCUGCUGAAGAUGGUGUGUGACAUCAAGCCAGAGAUCCAUGCCAAUUACCGUUUUGCUGGUUAGACCCCCAUCCCUUAAACUAAGGAAGCAGUGACACCCUCCCAUUGCACUGCCAUCAGUUUACAUGCUUCAUUGAUACAUCUGCUACACCCAUGGAGCCAUCUCCUUUCUCUGCCAGCUCACUUGAAUGCUCUAUUCAUAAGUCUAUUUUCUCCAGAAAUUGAAUCAUCAGAUGGGUAUAAGAUUCACAUAGGUAGGCUAUACAUUUAUCUAGUCAAAUAUAAAGCAUAUUGACUCAAUUGAUUAAUCGAAACAGGCAGAGGUUGUUUUGGUCUGAUGCAGUGCAAUGUCUCUGUGGGUUCUGUCUUAUUGGCGUCCUGUAUCAAUGUGUUUCUGUGAUGGUUAGUGUAUAUGUGUCGCAGUGUGAUAUUUAUUUAUAUGGACUUAUUUGUGGAGACCAAUAAAGUACUUAUUCCAGUUAAUAGAAUUUUAGCCCCAAAAUAAUCUUUUUUGAAAAUCGAUCUGUUUUGUUUUAAAUGUUUUCCUGCUAUGAAAAUAAGAUUGUGUGUGUAUAGUGGACAUUCUUCUGUUUAGACAUCGUGACAUUAUGAAACUUUAAUAAAGUCUUCUCAAUUGCUAAAAUGU